AUGCCUCAGCAUAAGUCAUCCCGUCACGCCGCUAAUCGAAGAUAUUAUGAAAGAAAUCGAGAGCGUAUUCUCCAGCUCCGUCGAGCCUCUCGCAAUGAAACUCGUGCUCGACUACAAUAUCUUGAAAAUCUUCACAAUCUUCAACUGCCACCAAUUCAAUAUAUUUUGAACAACACACCUCCAGUGAUGCAGGCAUCAGGACCAGAAGAAAAUACAUCAGUAACAAAAAUUAAGCAAAAUUAU